AUGCUCCGCCGUAUCGCUCUCGCUGUGCUCCAUGCCGUGCCGCUUGUCAUCUUGCUCAUGAUGUGCAUCUGGAUGGGGGUGACGCUGACGAUGUACAAGACGAGCGUCCUCAGUCAAGUGACGGCCGUGGACAUUGCGGGCUUCUCCGUGCGCUAUUCGGACGCGCACCUCUUCAACUGGCACCCGGUGCUCAUGACGUUUGGGCUGCUCUUUUGCUCGUACGAAGCGGCGCUCGUGUUUGUGACGGCGCCCUUUGACCACGACACCAACAAGACUGUGCACGCGACGUUGCACGGGCUCGCGCUGCUCUCGGCGGUCCUCGGCGCGAUUGCAGUCUUUUCGUAUCAUUUUGCCCAGAACAUUCCGAACCUGUACAGCCUCCACAGCUGGCUCGGGCUGCUGACCGUCGUCGCCUUUCUUUCACAGAUUGUCGUGGGCUUUGUGGCGUUCUUGUACCCGGGUCUCGCGGCGCGCUGGCGGCUUGCGCUGGUGCCGUACCACGUUGGCUUUGGCCUCGCGGUCCUCGGGCUUGUGGCUGCCACGAUCGUGACGGGCAUCAUGGAGAAGCUCGGGUUCAACGGCUCGUGCAACGUUUCCGGCAAGCUCGACGGACGCGACGUCCGCGGCUACAUGGCGCCGGACUGCAUGCUCGGCAAUGCGAUUGGGCUCUUGGUGGCGCUGACGUUUGCCAGCGUUGCGAUGACGGUGAUCGUCUCGAAGCUCCCGACGCCACCCCGCGGCCCGAUCGAACUGGCGAUGGACGGGACGGAGACUGUGCCGUUGAUGGCCCACGAAAACUGACGUGCUCAUGGACCCCUUGUGUAGUUGACUGUGCCUACCUCGUUUCCCAGCUGUGUGACAGCGUAACCAAACGAGCUCUUGUCGCUGUGCC